CGCGGCUUCUCAACUCCGCCCACCAGCCUCGUCGUCGUCGCCCCCAUCGCUCCCUAUUCAAAAUGUCCGUUCAUCUGAUACCGAAUAACGCCCUGGGCUUUAACAGGCCCUUCACACAACUCGUCAAAAAGACCCUCACAAUCACGAACAACAAUGCCUUGCCGGUUGCUUUCAAGGUCAAGACUACUGCACCGAAGCUGUACUGUGUGAGGCCCAAUUCCGGAAGGAUCGAGCCUGGAGAGAGCAUCGAAGUGUCAGUGAUGUUGCAGCCCAUGAAGGAGGAGCCGCUCUUGUCGAUCAAGUGCAAAGACAAGUUUUUGAUCCAGAGCACUCUCAUCACCCCGGAGAAGGAAACGAAGGACCUUCAGGAUAUCUGGAAUGUCGCUGGUGGUACAGGGGAGGAGUGGAAAGUACAUCAGCACAAGCUUCGUGUUGUAUAUCUCCCGGCGGAAGGGACUGUCGAGGAGGAAGACGAAGGUCACCCCCAGGACGGUCCAUCUGCAAUGAUACAACCCGACAAGCAAUACAACACAACCAAGGACAGCGUCAGUCAUAUGCCAUCUAUUCCUACAUGGCCGCCCCAGCCACCCCAGGCAGAUCCACCAGCGCCGGCGUCGCCACCCGCCCCGCUGCGCCCCAUGACCCCGCCUGUCCGGGACGCAGACGCAACGUUCUUCCGUGCUGACUCUGGGGAACAUUUCCAGCGUGCAAGGAGCAAUGGUGUCGGCGUGGUGAAUGUAAAUCUCCACCAGCCGUCCCCGUCGUCGUCUCCUCCCAUCAAUGUUGCUCCUGUUCAGGUCAACCACGAACUCGAAGAGAAACUGCAGGAAGCAGAGUCAGAGAUAAAGCGCCUCCGCGCACUCCUUUCCGCGGUCCCGGACCCCAGCUCGACUGCACCAGAAUCUAUUGCGCCGGAAUCAAUGGCGCCUUCCGACUUCCGACGAAGAUACACGGUAGGGUCGGACGACGGGACAAGCACGUACUACGGAGAAACUGAGGUUGGGACGAUAGUGGAACGCGACGCUGUCAUACACCAGGAUGGUGUACCACUACAGGUGGUUAUCAUCAUAGCACUUGGCGUUUUUAUCACGACCUAUCUAUUUUUCUAAGCAAGGGGUCUUCCCAGGCGCCUCGUGCUCGCUUUGUUCCGUUUCUGUCACGGCCCGUUCAGGCUCGUCAUACGCGCAAGUUUUCGCUACCUACCAAAUAACCGCACUGCGGAUGAUCCCCUUGCACUGCACACGCUUCAUGGUGAUUGGUGUGGGGUGCUAGCUGGUUGUCAGUGAAGAUCUUUUUCUUUUUCUUUCUUUUUCAAUAAUAUGUCCUCGGGGCUGCUGGUAGCGUAACUUCAUGCGUAACCUCGUUCACUAUAUCUAUGAUGGCAAUCCUUAUGUUGUGCUAGUCUUGUGCAUAGUUCAAUUAUAUAUUUUCGCACCACCAAGGACAACUGCUUACAUCAGCCAAUAUAUGUUAUGAAGUCAC